AUGGCGAUGAAUACUCGAUACAAGUAUUCCGUGUCUGUUGAUCUCCAAGCAUACCGUCAUGCUCCGCCUCUUCACAACAACAACGACUAUUUCGUCAUGUUCAGAGCGAACUUUAAGCAAAUACUCAAAUUAUUGAACCAUCCAGAUGAUCAUCGUGAUCCGUUCAUCUUGGAGGUACCUGUUGACAUCCCGCACACCGUCGUGCCCCGCCCCGAGUACUUCUUUGUGCACUCUCCGACGACCAUCCGCGACUUGCUCUCCAGCGUGGGCGUGGCCCGACAUGCCGCCGCCUCCCUCGCUCCGAAAAUCUCCAGCUCUGCCUGGAAGCUCAUCACCACCAACCUCCUGUGUUCCUCUCCCAGAUCAGUGCUGCCUAUCAUUCUCAACGUCACUGCCGAGACUCCACUGCUUUACGACGACAGUACUGAUGGAGAAGAACUUGUCACUGAGCAGAUGUCUCCGACUGUUCCGGCGGUUAGGCCGGCCUCCAUGGAGGCGCUGAAGGAGGUGAAGAUUGAGACUCUUGACGCGAAUACUACAUUAACAGAAGAAGAGUGCAGUAUCUGUUUGGAAGAGUUCUCUUUGUGUGGAUUGGAUCGUGAUGGUGGUGGUGGUGAUCGUUGGAAGAUUGUGCAAAUGCCGUGUUCUCAUGUUUAUCACAGAGAUUGCAUAAUUCAGUGGCUGGAGACAAGUCACGAGUGUCCAUUGUGCCGCUACGCUAUUCCAACUCAUGUUGAUUGA